AUGAAGUUUCAAGGAUUGAAUCUAUUAGCAUCUACAUUAUCAAUUACAUCUUUAGUAAAUGCAUUUUCAGAUACUGCAAUUUUCUAUUCUAAUAAUAAUAAUCAACUAUCAUUAAACACUAAUGAUUAUAUAAUUGAAUCUAAAUCCAUUGCCCCAUUAGUAUUACAAUAUAGUGAAUCCGUAUGUUCUCAACAAGACAGUAACAAACAAUUGUAUAUUUAUAGAGUUAAACAAUUAUCCAAAGGAGAUACUACCGACUACGAUGGAUUCAUAUUAAAUCAUGUUCAUUAUCCAUCGGUUGACGAUUUACAUUUUGAAAUCAGUGAAUCAUGUGUUGUUAAAUAUGGAAGUGAUGAACAAGACUCCAAUGCGAAUGUUAUUAUUAUUGACGUUGAAGAUGAUCAAAUUCAUACAAUUGAUGAAUUUUUAAACAAAGGUCAUGAAAAUUUGAUUAUUCAAGGAAAUCCAAGUUUUAAACAUCAUAAAAAGUUAAAACAAUUUGCUAAUGAUUUAAAUGAAAUGUUGGAUGAUUAUUUCCAUCAUGGUGAUGAAGAAGACGCUGAACUUCAUAAGAGAGAUGAAGACGUUGACGAUAACGAACAGCUUGAACAAGAAAUUGAAGAUGAUUUUAGACAAGCUGAAUCAUUAGUUAAUGGUGAAAAUGAUGAACCAGUUACUAUCUUUGAUAAACCAAUUGCUAUAGCCCAGACUAAUCAAACUAAAGUUAACAACUUAUUUACUAAAUAUCAAUUCUUUACUUCUGGUAUUUGGCUGGGUAUAAUUGUUUCAUUAUUAUUAUUGUCAAUUUUAUAUGUUGCUAUUCAAUGGCUUGGCGCUUUAGAAGUUACUUAUUCAUCAUUUGAAAAACAAGUUGAUUACGAUAAAAAGAAUGAGUAG